GGCCCAGCGGGGUGAACCAGCUCGGGGGGCUCUUCCUGAACGGCCGCCCCCUCCCCACGUGCAAGAGGCAGAGAAUCAUCGCUCUGGCGGCGAGCGGCGCCCGCAGCUCCGACAUCUCCCGCAGCCUCAAGGUGUCCAACGGCUGCGUCAGUAAAAUCCUGCGCCGCUAUUACCGGACGGGGGCCGUGGGGCCCAAGGCUGCGGGGGGCAGCAAGCCCCCCAUGGCCACCCCCGCCCUGGUGGCCCGGAUCGCGCGGCUGAAGCUGGAGCGGCCCGGGAUCUUCGCCUGGGAGAUCCGGCGGCAGCUGCACGCCGAGGGAACCGGCAGCGGCAUCCCCAGCGUGAGUCCUGCCGGGAAUCCCGGGAAUGCCGCGAUUCCCUGCGCCGGGAAGGGCACGGGGGUCCCAGCCCACGGCGGGGGGCGGCAGGGCCGGGGGAGGUUCGGUCAGUCCCGGGCGUACCGGGAUCACGGGCAGGGGGUCUCCUCCAUCAACCGCGUGCUCAGGACCCUGCCCAGCGACCUCCGGCUGGCGGCCGAGCCCCGGGACCCGCGGCCACGGCGUGAGCCUCGCCCCAAAGCCCGGACCCCUCCCGACCCCUCCCGGCCCCUCCGGGGAGCCCCCGGCACCGGCUCCGCCUCCAGCCCCCGCCCUCCUGUGCCCGCAGCGUCCCCCCGGACCGCGACCCCCGGCCCGCAGCCGCCCCCGGCCCCGGGCAGCCCCCGGGAGGGGAGCGGGAGCAGGAACGGGAGCAGGAGCAGGAGCAGGAGCAGGAGCAGGACCGUGUUCUCCCGGCAGCAGGCGGAGGCUCUGGAGAGAGAGUUCCAGCGGGGACAGUACCCGGACACCGCCACCCGCGAGAGCCUGGCCGCGGCCACCCGGCUCCCGGACAGCACCGUCAGGGUUUGGUUCUCCAACCGCCGAGCCAAGUGGCGCCGGGAGAACGAGCAGCAGCAGCCGGAACCCGGAGGAGCAGGUGACAGCCCGGGGACCGAGGGGACACCCGGGGGUGGCCCUGGGAGAGACCGCGGCUGAAAUUUGGGGCUGGGAGCUGGGCAAGGACACGGCCGCUGCCCCACCGGUGAGCCAAGACAUUGUCCCCUCCCGUGCCCACGCAGGCUCCUGGUGCCACUGGACCCCGGCCGCUCUCGGUGCCGCCGCCGCCGCCGCCCGGGUAGGACAAGGCCGGUCCCGGCUGAUGGGGACGCCCCGGCACCCGCUGGAGCCCCGGACCCUCUGCCGGAGG